AUGUUAAACGACGAGCAAAAGAAGAAACGAGUCGACAUGUCAAGAGCAAAUCUCGAAAAGUUCCAGGCAGACACGGAUAAUUUUUUGUCACGUUUUGUGACCAUGGACGAGACCUGGAUCCACCAUUUUGAUCCUGAAACAAAACAACAAUCGAUGACAUGGAAACGAUCCGAUGAACCGACGCCGAAGAAAUUCAAAGUGUCAAGCUCAGCAGGGAAGGUUAUGGCGUCUGUUUUUUGGGACGCUGAAGGAAUAAUCAAGGUGGGCUACUUGGAAAAGGGGGCCACUAUUACAGGCUCCUACUAUGCAGAACAAAUAAGAAGAUUGCGGGAGGCUAUUAAGGAGAAAGGGCGAGGCAAACUGCGGGCUGGCGUGCUGUUCCAUCAAGACAACGCACCGGUUCACAAAGCUGCAAUCGCCAUGGCUGCCAUUCAGGAAGCGGGCUUUGAACUUGUGGAACACCCCCCCUAUUCACCAGAUCUAGCCCCCAGUGACUUCUAUCUCUUUCCACGACUCGAGGAACACCUCCGAGGCAAGAAAUUUGACGAUGAUAGCGACGUGAUGGCCGCGGUUGAGGACUUUUUUGAGAGUCAAGAUAAAGAUUUUUUUCUAAGGGAAUUUUAG